UCCAAGAACAAAAAAAAAACCUAACCUUGAUUGCCAAGCUUCUCUCUUCCUUCCCAUGCAUGGGGUGCAUUUGAAUACAUCUCCUUCUUGAAAAAAAUCGCUUUUGAUCGAUUGUAAUUCAUCGAUCACUCGUGGUUCCGUUGGAUAUCUAUUCCAAAGAAACCCCAUAUAUCCUAUGGGAAGCUGUGUUUCGUCUCCAUUGAAAGGUUCUCCCUUUGGGAAGAGGCCGGCAAGAAGGCGAAACACCGGUAAAAGCAAAACAUCCUCCAACCCUAAAACUGAUUCUUCUUCGACUAAUCUUUCCCGGAGAUUGAUUUUCCAGCCACCGAGCCGUGUUCUUCCUGAGCCUAUUGGAGAUGGAAUCUUCGUCAAGUAUGAGUUGGGGAAAGAACUAGGCCGUGGUGAGUUCGGAGUCACUCAUGAAUGUAUUGAGAUCACUACUCGAGAAAGAUUUGCGUGUAAGAGGAUAUCAAAGGAGAAGCUAAGGACAGAAAUAGAUGUUGAGGAUGUAAGAAGAGAGGUAGAGAUCAUGAGAAGCUUACCAAAACAUCCAAACAUUGUUAGCUUUAAAGAAGCUUUUGAGGACAGAGACGCGGUUUAUCUUGUCAUGGAGAUUUGUGAAGGAGGAGAGCUUUUUGACCGUAUUGUCUCUAGAGGUCACUACACUGAACGCGCCGCUGCAUCUGUCGCUAAAACCAUUCUUGAAGUUGUCAAGGUAUGUCAUGAACAUGGAGUGAUUCAUAGAGAUCUUAAACCAGAGAACUUCCUCUUCUCGAACGAAACCGAGACUGCACAACUCAAAGCUAUUGACUUUGGUCUCUCCAUUUUCUUCAAACCUGCUCAGCGGUUCAACGAGAUCGUGGGGAGUCCUUACUACAUGGCUCCAGAGGUUUUGAGACGAAACUACGGUCCCGAGGUAGAUGUAUGGAGCGCUGGUGUUAUACUCUACAUCUUGCUUUGUGGUGUUCCUCCCUUUUGGGCAGAGACUGAGGAAGGAAUCGCGCAUGCGAUCGUGAGAGGGGACAUCGAUUUCGAGAGAGAUCCUUGGCCAAAAGUCUCAGCUGAAGCCAAAGAGCUCGUUAAGGACAUGCUUGAUGCAAACCCUUAUAGCAGACUCACAGUUCAAGAAGUUCUUGAACAUCCAUGGAUACAGAACGCAGAGAGGGCACCAAAUGUGAAUCUAGGAGAUAACGUGAGGACCAAGAUUCAACAGUUCCUGUUGAUGAACAGGUUUAAGAAGAAAGUCCUCAGGAUUGUUGCGGAUAAUCUACCAAACAAGGAGAUAGAAGAGAUAGUAGAGAUGUUUCAAACGAUGGACACUGACAAGAACGGUCGCUUGACAUUCGAGGAACUUAGAGACGGGCUGAAGAAGUUUGGACAAGUUUGUCCCGACGGCGAUGUGAAGAUGCUGAUGGAUGCAGCGGAUACAGAUGGGAGUGGGAUGUUGAGCUGUGAAGAGUUUGUGACGCUGGCAAUACAUUUGAAGAGAAUGGGAUGUGAUGAGCAUUUGCAGCAAGCUUUCCAGUAUUUUGACAAGAACGAGAACGGAUUUAUCGAGCUGGAUGAGCUCAAGGAAGCUCUAUUUGAUGAUGAUAAGCUAGGCCACGGUGGUGACCAGUGGAUCAAAGAUAUCUUCUUUGACGUUGACCUCGACAAGGAUGGACGGAUAAGCUUUGAUGAGUUUAAGGCGAUGAUGAAGUCAGGGACGGACUGGAAAAUGGCGUCGAGGCAGUACUCCAGGGCGUUGUUGAAUGCUCUGAGCAUCAAGAUGUUCAAAGAAGAUGGUGGGAACAAUGGUCCUAAGUUUCAUUCCAUGGAGUUCCCUGUAGCAAGGAAGAAAGCUAAUGUAUUUGAUCCCAAGAACAAAUCAAUGGAGCUUGUCCACUCCAAAACUUACAAGCCCUCAGGUCUAAGAAACUAAAGAAAAAUUGAUCUCUUUGUUUAUUCUUUUUAAUUUGUUUUGUUCUUGGAGCUACUAGUGACAAAGAAAAUGUGAUUAGAUUGGCUUUAAAGCUGCAUUGUUCAUCUUCUUUUCUUUAAAAAAACUCUUUUCAA